UAUACUGUCAAAUAGUAUCUCAUGCCAGAGUGGUUGGUGCUUGUAUUAAAGCAGCCACCGAAAAAUCAUUGAAAGAAACAACAGCAACAACAGCAACAGAUACAUCAAAAACUGUUGUAACAAAAAUAGAAAAAAAUAUUCCUGGAACAGAAAAUUUAUCGCCAGAUAAUUCAUUUAAUUCAUUUUCAUCAGCUGAAGAAAAAAUUGAUAUUAAAGAUACUAAUGAUUCAGUUAAUAAUGAUAUAAUUGAAACAAAUGACAUAAAUUCUCCAACAACAAUAAAAGAUAAUUCAUCUUCACAAUCAAAAACAACAUUAUUAUUAACAAAUACAGCAACAGCAACAGCAGGAGCAAACAAUUAUAAAAAAAUUGAUAAUAUAAAAAGUCUUGAAAGACGCUAUCAUUUAUUAUAUUUGAAAGCUAUUGAAGUUCAAUGUUUAUUUGAAGGAUUAUUAAAAAAGAAAACUUCUGAGAAUAUUUCGAAUGAAGAUUAUUUAUCAAAUUGUGAAACUGAAACGGAUGAUGAACCAGUAUCCAAAUUAGCUCGACUAUCUAAUUUAGAAUGCAAUAUUAUUCAUGAUCAUCAUACAUCAUUUGAUAAUACAUUAGAUGAAAAUAUUUAUUGCCAUCAUCAAGAAGUUAAUAGUGACUAUAAUAUAAAAUCAGAAGAGGAAUUUGAUGAUGAAGAGGAUAUAACACCCCGUACAAUACAUGAUAUUGAUGAAGUUGACUGCUCAUUAGAUUUUAUACGUGAAUGGCAAAAUUAUAGUUUUAAUAGUAGUAGCAACGUAACAACUAUCACAACAGCCGAAACAUCUCAAAUAGGAAAUAAAAUAUCAAAUAAUUUAUAUUUGAAUGAUUCUAAUACCGAAUUUGAUGCUGAUUCUGAGGGUUCUGAUGAAGAUAUUGAUUUCAUUAUUUCUUUAAAUAAACAACGUCAAAAACGUGUAAAUUUAAGUGCCGGUUGUAUUGGUAAAAAUCGUAAUACAUCAACAAUUAUAAGACGACGCCUAAGUCAUUCACCAUUCAGUAGAGGAAAAAUUAGAAAUGAUUUCUUUAAUUUAAAUGAUUUCAAAAGAGAAAUAUCUAAAAACAAUAAUUUUAGAAGUGAAACUUUAAAAAUUCAAAAUAAUAUUAUAAUGGAUAAUAAAAUAUUAACAAAUAAUAACGUAGGUGGUAAUGGAAGUGGUGGUACUACACCUUUACUACAACAAAAUGCUGUUGUUGUUCAAAAUACAACCGUAUAUGAUUGCAAUGGCAAUUCACCAAUUUUGUCACAGGAAAAAAAAUUAUUUGCAAAUAAAAAUAAUAAUCAACAAAAUUUAAACCGUUCUCCAAAUUCAAUUUCAAUUGGUAUUAACACUAAUUAUCAAAAUAAAAAUAAAAUUAAUUUAAAAACUGAAGAGAAUAGCAACAAUGGAAAUUUAUUAGAAACAUGUAGUGGUAGUAGUAGCAGUUGUUGUGAUAGUUUUAUUGAACCACAACGUAAUAGCACACCAGUAUUUCCAGCAAAAAUGUAUAAUAAAAAUAACAACAGUAAUAAUAACAAUAACAUUAGCAUUAACAACAAUAAUAUUAAUAAUACUAGUAAUGCUAAUAAUAAUAAUAAUAAUAAUAGUAAUAAUAAUAAUAAUAGUAAUAAUAAUAAUAACAAACGUCAAAGAAACGGUGACGCUUCAAAAUUUAAUCGAUCAAAUCGAAAGUCAAAAAAUUGUGCCAUUUUUUAUUUUAAACAUUUGGAUACUGACAAUGAAACAAAUUUUGGUUUGUCAUCACAGGGGGAAAAUGAAUUAAUAAAUGGCGAACCAUCAACUGAAGAUGAUGACGAACCAGCAGAAGAUGAUUUUGACGAUGAUGAAAUUGAUGAAAUCGAUGAUGAAGAUUGGUUGUAUACAAAAAACAACAGCAACAGUAAUGAUGUAUCAAAAGAUAAAUCUAGUGCUAUGACAGCUACAAUAUCUGAUAUAAUUAAUGGUAACAUAAGUGAAAUUACACCAAAUUGUAUAGAUAUUGAAGAAAACAAUAGCAAUAAUGAUCAUAGAAAUAAUCAAUUAAGCGCAGAUGACUCUGAUAAAGAAAACAAAGAGAUUGUAAUGACAGUCGAGAAUACCAAUCAAAAAAAUGGUAAUGGUAUUACUGAAACUAAUUACCAUCAUAAUCGUGAUUCAAAUGGAAAUAUUCAAGAGCAUCGUCCGUCCCCAAUACGUUCAACAGUUUCUUCAAUAAGUAAUUGUAGUACAAAACAUGAAAUACAAUAUCAUAAAUUUCCUUCAACACCUCGUAUGAUAACAACAACAACAGUUGCUACAAUUUCAACUGCAAAUACUGCUGAAUUAAUAAUAAUUGAAAAUAGUGAUAAUGAAAUGCCACAUCAAGAAGAUUUAAAAGAUGAUGAUAAAAAUAAAUUAAAUAAAGAACAAGCAGAACCUAAAUUUCCUUCUUCUUCUUCUUCAGGUGGUAUAGUGAAUAAAGCGAUAAAAACAUUAAAUAAAACUGCGUCAUCAAUGUCCACCUCAAGUAUAGAAAUGACACAAAUUAACAUAAAAGAAGAGCAAUUAUCAACAAAUAAUCAUGACUCAAUUAAACAAUUAGUAUUAGACGCAGAAAAUUUAAUACGUGAAGAUUGUAUGAAAACUCCAACUAAAAAAACUUUUCAAAGAAUAACAAAAACUCCAAGAUUACAAAAAAUACCGAAAACUCAAAAAUCAACUGUUAAAAAGCGUGAUCCUGGAAUGGCAGGUUCAAAUAUUCAAAAAGUUCAUGAAUGGCUUGAACAUCAGCCAAUAUCUCCCAAAAAAGAACAAAGAAUUAUUCUUAUUCCAACAACAGAUUGUGAGGCUUCAGGUGAAAAUACAGAAUCUGACACUGGUGGACCACAUGAGUCGGAUACCUCUGAAGGUUUAACAGAUUCGAUUGCAACUUGUAUGCAAACUGGUAGUACAUCUCAAUGCACAUCAACGGAAAUAAUUGGUGGUUCAGCUGAACCAAUAUUACCACACCAAAAUGGCAGUAAUUUAAGCUUAAACGGAAAAGUGAUUCGUCGUACAAUACAAAGUCGUCGAAACUCUGAUCGUCCAUGGUCUGUGUCUUGUUUAUCUCAAUUAACAGCAAACAGUAAUAGUAAUUCCAGUGUUAUUAAUACAAUAAAAAAAGAUGAUGUACAAGCCGGACUAGCAAGUCACUCUAUUAGCGAAUCCGCUUUGCAUGAUUUAUCAUCACCGUCCCGCAAUAGUAUUAUUACAAAUAAAAAUUCACCCAAUCAAACGCCAGUAAAAAAUUCUGACAGUAAAAAUUCUUUAAAACGUAAAAAAAUUAGGCGUCGUAAACCAAGUAGCAGCACCAAAAAAUCUGAUUCAGGUUCUGAAGGUUUGCAAGUUUACGAUUUACCAAAAUUAACCGAAAGUUUAUUGAACACAGAAAAAAUUUCAACAGAACAAAUGACAAUAAUACAAGAUUUGAGUGAUGCACUUUCAAUGAUUCAAUUACCGAAAAAUAUUUCUAUUACUUCUAAGCAAAACUUGGAUGAGAAUCAUGAAAGUGAUGAAGAUAGCCAACGUUUAAUUAAACCCAAUUUUAAAAUUGGACCCUAUACAAGCUCACAUAUGAAUAAUGAAGCAAAAUUAGGAUCAUUAGCUGCACUAGCUAAUUAUAUGAAUGAAGACGGAGCCGCAACGCCCAAAGCUAUGAAAGGAAUUAAAUGCAACACUGGAACAGAUGAACACAAUAGUAGUUUUUCCGAACAAGCAUGGGAUAAUUAUCAAGAAAAAUAUAAUUCAGAAAAUUAUUCUGAGGGUUUUGAUUCUGAUGCGGCAAGAAGACUUUUAGAAUUUGGGGAUGAUUAUCGUGCAUUUUUGGACUCACAAUCUGAUUGCUGCUCUUCGCUUUCGGCUGCAAAUAAUUUAGAUUCAUUAUCACCACCCCGCAUGGAUUCCUUGACGAAUAACCACCCUUCCGAAAUUAAACUUACGCAGGAAAAUUUAGUUAGUUCAGUUGUUGAUCAUGCCAGGAGACGUCGUGCACUUGAAUUAGAGUAUGAAAGACGUCGACGUACUUUGGAAAUGAAACGCAAAGUUUCUCAAGAUAAUAUUAUUAUGUUAAACAAUAGCCCAAGUAGUACAGCAGCAAAUAAUACAACAUCAACGGCAAGUGUGGUCACACCUAAAAAUAGUGAUUCAACUUUAAAUCGAAGUUAUACACGAAAUACUGCAAUCGAAGCUGCCAGUCGUCGUUUAGAUUUUGAUGCAAUGACAUCAACUUCAAGCAAUGGUUUACCAAUACAGCAACAAACUGGCAAUUACUAUAAAAAAAAUUCAGAAAGUGAUACAUCUUUAAGAAGGCGUAAAUAUUCUGAAGAUGGUAUCCGCAGAAGAUCUCGAAAUUUAGAGAAACCACUUAAAGCUGCUGCAUAUUCAAGUGCAUCAUCAUCUAAUAAUUCUGAUUCUGAAGAUGAAAAGGAAGUAAAUAAUUUAAUACAGCAAAGUCGAAAUCGCCUAGAGGAUACAGAAGCUCUUAAGAUUCGAAGCCACUUGCUUAGACCUGAAGAUUAUACCGAAAUUGUAGCAACUUGCCGGGAUAAUAUACAUUGUUUAAAUACCGUAUUACAUGGACCACCUGGAACAGUUUUAUCUACUGGACAACAAAAUCAAAUACGAGAGCUACUUUCAUCAUGGGAAACAUUCCUAGCUUGGAGUGAAAAUGCCGGUGCUGCACGUAAAAUGCAAGAAGAAAUGUUCAUAUUGAAAAACAUGUUGAAUCGUUUAGGUUGCAAACAAUUAACCGAUUUAGAUUCCGAAUCUUCAAUUCAGUUAUCAAUUGAAGAAUUUAAGAAUGAAAAAUCUGCUUUAAAAGCUUAUCGUACAGACAUGCUUCGGUUGAACGCUUCUGUCCAUAGUUGGCUAACUCGACAAGAAAUGAAAGUACAAAAAGAAUUAAAAGCUUUAAAGGAAUCUAAUGAUUUAAAAAUACAACAAGAAAAGCAACAACAAGAUAAUAAAGGUUGUGAAGAAAUAAAUGAUUUAAGUGAAGGCAAACAAGAGAAACAAUGUGAGAUAGUCACAAUGAAUAUGGAAAGUCAUUCUCUUAUAGAUAUUAUACAAUCAGAAAAUGAAUUUCAUAAACAUUUGAAGGAUGAAGUUAGUGAAAUGUAUAAAUCUUGGGACGAAGCUGAUGCAAGAAUUAACUCUAAGUUGGAAACUUUGCAAGGAUCUCUAAAUGCUUGGAGACAGUUAGAAAAUGGUCUUUCAGAAUUUCAUCAAGUUUUAGGAAAAGAUCGUGGUACGUUGGCUGGUUUAGAAGGUGCUUUGGAAAACGGUCGCUCAGCUAGUGAUCUUGCGCAAAAUGUUAAAUUAGUUGCAAAAUUACUUUCAGAAAAAGUUGAUAAUGCUAAGCAACAGAUCGCUCAAGUCGCCCAAGAACAACAAAUUGAUCCACAUCAGCUAAUUCAUAUAACAAGAUUUGCCGCAUCGAACGGAUCUCUAUCUGAUAGCGGUAUUUCAGAUGGUGGUACAACAUCGGACGGUGGUUUAUCAGAACGUGAACGUCGUUUAGGUGUUUUACGACGUUUGGCAAAACAACUAGAAAGUGCUUUGGCACCAGGUAGUGAAGCUUUAAAAUCUAUUUCAGCUAGAAUGGAAGCAGCUGAGGCUGAACUAAAAAAGUUGCAAACCACAUGUCGGGAAAUAAUUGUUAGAACUGCUGUACAGCAACAGCAUAAAGCUACAGCAACCAUAUCACAGCAGCAACCAGAAACCGAGCAAAUGAAAUUAACACCAUCAAAAUUAGCAUUAAAAUCAACAAGUUUGGGUUCAGGCGUGGAAGAAAUUUCUCCAUCAAAAUCUGCUAAAAAACGCAAAGCCAGGAAAGUUAAUAAAAAUGGAAAUGGUAGUAUGUUGGGAGACUCUGAUUCAGGCGAUAAUGAUUUGUCUGAUGCGAAGGACGAAUCUAGAAAAUCUGAUAGACGCAACAAAGGAAAUUCAUCACGAAAGCUCUUACUAACUGGUAAUGGUGGUUCUGGCGAUCCAGAUGAUCCUAAACCUAAUGGAUGGGAUCCUUGCAAUAGCAGCGAUGACGAAUCAGAAGGAAAACGAAGUUGGUCAUGGCGUGUUGCUCGUGUUGCUUUACCAAUGCAAUUAGCGUUAUUGACAUUAUUUUGUGCAGCGUGCUUAAUGCAACCUCAUUGCUGUGAUUCUUUCAAUAACUUUUCAAUGAGUUUUACUCCGCAAUUAAGAUAUGUAAGAGGACCUCCACCAAUAUGAAGAAACUUCAGGAAAUGCUAUUAGUUUUUUCGUGAUUAUAAAACUUGUGUCAAACAGGUUUUUUGUGUGUAACUUUAAGAAUAUCUUAACUCAAGAACUGAUCCUCUCCCUUAUUUGAGAAAAAUAUUUUUUAGCCUAGAAAAUAUAAAACUAUUGAGCUAGUUAUUUAGGAUAUUAAGUUAUCAUUAUGGGUCGCCUGCCUAUUACUGUUAAGAAUAUUAACAUUUAAAAUUUAAAUUUGCAAUCAGAUUUAAGAAUGUAUGAUUAAUUGAGUUUUUUGAUAAAAUGUUUUUUUUUUUAUGGUUAGGCUUACCAUAUAUGGCUAACAAAUAUCAAUAACCAAUUAACAGAACAAUAUUGUACUCGUUAAAAAUUAACAGGUCAAGAACACAAAAAAGGGGAGGGAAAGAUAAUAGUUCUAAUAUAAUUUUUUUUAGCGGAAGUAGUUGAAAAUUUAGUGAUUAAAAAGACAAUAUUAAACAGCAAUAAAAUAUUUAAAAUUGUAAGAUUACUAAAAAUAUAAUAUGAAUAAAUAAUUAAUCGUUAUAUUAAUAUAUCACUAAUUCUAUUACAAAACGAAUCUCAAAAACUUCCGCUUAAUUAAAUUAUAAAACAAAAAGUAUGAGAAAGAAUACAUAGUAAUGUAUUUAAGUUGUAGAUAUAGAUAGAUGUAAAGAGAUGAAAUUAAGAAGAUAAGUUCCUGAAAAGGAAAUCGUUUUUAAAAAGCUUAAUUUUAGAAAAAUUUGGGAAAACCCGAAUUGAAAAAAAGAACCUAAUUGCUAAGGCAGAUCAAUUUAUUGUUUAAUUAAUUAUAAUUACUUGUAUUUUACAAAAUUUAUUUAGAAAAUUUAGGUCUAGACCAAACAAAAUAAGGGCAAUUCAAAAUCAAGUACUAUUUUUAAUUGUUUUUAAUUCUUAAUAUAACAACAACCUUAACGAGAAAUUGUUAAAGAGAAAAGUCUUGAGCAAAACUUGUAAGUCUUGAAGUUGUUUGAUAUAUUCCUUUACUAUAAUUUGCUUACUUUAAUAUAUAUAGUCUUGCUUCGUAUAACAUUUGAAUUUUGGAAAUAAAAUUUUUCGAAAAACAAUUUAGUUUUUACCAAAUUAAUAAAUUAAAAUUUUUAUAAGGAGUAUUUUUUUAUUUCCAACAUUCAUAUAAAAGUUAAAAAAUUUAUUUUCUGUUUCCGACUUUACCCUCAUGAAUAUCUCACAAAUGACACAGAAUUGGGAGAUUUGUAAAAAAGUUUAACAAUGAAUAUGAUAAUUUUAUAGUACUCAUAUUUAUCAUUAAACUUAAAGAGCAUUUUUCAGAAAAAAUGCUUAUGAAAUUAUCAAAAAGAUUCUCAAAUCUUUUCGAAUCUUCUGAUUGGUUCGUUAACAAAUCGAAAAAAAAAAUGAAAUAGAAUUGACCCGAAAUUGAAAAACUUGAAUGAUUAUGAAAAAAUAUUUGUAUCUAAUCAAUAAUAUAAAGAAUGCUUGAAGCAUUCAAGGGUUUAAGAGGUUUGUCUAAAUGAAAAAUCGUGAAAUGUAAGAAACGUAUUAGUGAGGAUAAAAUGUUUCAACUAUUUAUAUCAAUUAAAAUUGAAUUUAAAUUUUGAUAUAAUAGUAUGAAAGAGUUUAAAAGAAAUAACUUCUUUUAAAUAGAAAUUUAACGUAAAUCAAACUUAUAUUGAUUUGAAUAACAAAACAAUAUGUAUAUAAUUUGAAAUCAUUUAAGAAUCUUUCUGAAAAAGUAAAAAAAAAUUUUUAGGAUUUUGUUGUUAUUUUAUAUAAAAUUAAUACAUAAAAUAAGUUUCAUAUAAUGGCUUUUUGGAUUUUUAAAUAAUAACUAAAAAAAUUAUUAUUUUUAUAAUUUAAUUUCACUUUAAUUUUUAUAUUUUAGAUAUAAUUUCUUGUUAUAGUAUUAUUACAAUAAUAUUGAAUAUUUUUUAUAAGUAUUUAAUAUUGUCAAGAUGUGUGUGAGGCAAUCAUUUCGAAAUUAUUUAAAGAAUAUUAAAGAAGGUUUUCCAUAAAUUUUAGGAAAAUAUUUUUUAAUUAAUUACUUAAUUAAUUUUUUACUAGGACGUUUUUGUAAUUUUUUGCAUUAAAUGUACUUAAUUUAAAUAUAAUUAUCUUUAGAUUUUUAUAGAUUCUAAAUAUUUAAAAAAAAAAUUCGUUCUAGAUAAUAAAAAAUAUAAAUUGUCUUAAGUUAUAGUAAAUUUUUAUUAUCAUCAUUUUGUAUAUUACUUAAAAUAAAAGAUAAUUUUUAUACUAUUAAUUAAAAAUAAUUAUUCAAUAUCUUUAUCGUAAAAAAGACAUUACAAAAUAUUGCAGAUCUAUGGCUAAAUUGUCCAAAGUCUCAUAAUAAAAAAGCAGUAAUUUGAAUAUUUUGUUUUGUAGUUAUAAUUUUAUAUUUUUUUUAACUUGAUCUUUUAUUCUUAUAUUAAAAUAUAAUUAAAGUAUAAUGAAUUAAUAUAUUAUAGAAAUUAAUAUUUACUUAAAUGAAAUAUUUUUUUGUAUUCUAAUUUUUUAAUUUUACAAUAAAUUUAUUAUGCAUAUCAAAUUAAAUCAAUUUACAAUUGAUUAUAAAUUAUUUAUAAAUUUAAUUUAAUCGAUUUAAAUAACAACAGAAUCCUAAAAAUAUUAUCAAACAAAAAUUAAAAAGCUAUGAAAGUGUGUACCUAUUUUUAAAAAUAUAUAAAGUGCCUAGAGAAAUAGAAUCCUAAAUAAUUUUAAUAAAAAUGUACUCAAUAUCAAAAAUGAAAGAAAUAAUGAAAGAAAAAUGUUUAAAAAAAUAAUAAUAACAUUUUAUGUUCAAUAUUUUGCAAAAUUUUGAGAUUAUAUUCAAUUUUUAUGUUAAGAAAUGUGUACGAUAAUUUCAAAAUUUUGAAAUAAAUUGAAUUUUUAUUUCACUUUUUAUAUAAAAGUAAUUGAAUCCGUCAAGAAAAUGGUACAACAAAAUGAACGAAAAAAUAAAAUUCUAUUAUAAUAAUUUUGAUUGAAAUUAAUAGCUAUAUAUAGGAGAUAUCUUUAAAUAUAAGUUUUAUAUGGAUAUUGAAUUUCACAGGAUAAAACUUCUUGGUUUAAAAAACUAUUAUGUUGGAAUUAAUUUUAUUAAAUAGAACUUGUUGAAAUUCUAAAACAAAAAUAAUUGCCUAUAGGCUGUUCUUAAAUUUAAUAUAAUUUUUUUUCUAUUACAUUAAUAGAUUAUAAUUUUUAGAUUAAAAAAAAGAAUCAUUUUUAUUUAAUAGUAAAUUGUAAAACAAGAAAAAAAUUGUCAGCUUGUAUAUUAAUCAUUUAUUGUACGUAUUUUGGGAUAUGGAAACCUUACAAUGAUUUAAAAAGUUAAGGGAAUAUUUUUAAAUAAUUUUUUCUAAGUUUUCUUUAAAACAGGUUUAGAAGAAUACUUUGAAUGAUUUUAGCUUAAAACAUAUUUAAAAAUUUUAUAAACAACAAGUUUACGAUACAACAGAUUGUUGACAACAUUUUUAUUAUUAUUAUUAUGCAUAUUAUAAAAUAAUAAAAAAAGGUAUAAAAAAAAAUUUUUAUAAAAAAUAAA